AAAUUAUCUAUAUACUUAAUACUAACAAUAAGAGAAGAAAUAAACAUAACAUAUAUUCGAUUCUCGAUAACUAUUACCUAACUACAUAUUAUAGUUAUAAUCGAUUCUAAAUAACUUCGUUACACUUCACGUGCAUGUGUGUUUAUAUGGUAGCUAGUUAGUGGAUUGUUUACACAACUGAAAGUGAUUGAUAUGUUAUAAAAUAAUUUAUAACAAAGAGAUGCAAUGUUUUAAUAUAAAAUAUUAUUGUUUUGAUAAAAUAUUUACAAUAAAAUAAUAUUAAUAUUCGGUAAUAGUAACAGUGACAAAAUGGUAUUUCUUACAAAUAUUUUAGGUUAUGCCUUUAAAGUACCUAGAAAACGUUUACGAGAAGGAUUCAUAGAUUCUUUGCGCCUUACUGUAAGAGCAGGUGCUGGAGGAUCUGGUUUACCUCGGUAUGGUGGUAAAGGUGGUUCAGGUGGAGACGUUUAUGUUUUAUCAAAAGAUGAAUUAACGUUAAGGGAUGUUAAGAAGAAAUGGAAAAAAAUUAAAAUACAUGCUCAGCCAGGAGGCAACAGUACUUCAAAAGGAAUUUUAGGAAAACCUGGUACUGAUAUAACUAUUGACAUUCCUUGCGGUGUAACUGUCUUAGAUGAUAACGGUUUAAAAUUAGGAGAUUUGAAUAAAGCAGAUACAAAGUUAUUAGUGGCAAAGGGUGGUCUGGGCGGUUGUAAAGAAACAGGAUUUUGUGGUCAGAAAGGACAAAGUAGAACGAUAAUACUCGAUCUUAAACUGAUCGCUGAUGUGGGUUUAGUUGGAUUUCCCAAUGCUGGAAAAAGUACAUUUUUACGAGCUGUGUCUAAAGCACGGCCAAAAAUUGCAAAUUAUCCAUUUACUACUUUAAAACCGCAACUAGGUACUAUGAUGUACAAAGAUCAUAGACAAAUACCAGUUGCUGAUUUACCAGGUUUAAUUGAAGGAGCACAUGCCAAUAUUGGAAUGGGUCACAAAUUUUUAAAACACGUAGAAAGAACAAAAUUACUUCUGUUUAUUGUAGAUAUUCAAGGUUUCCAAUUAUCCGUUCAUGAUUCUCAUAGAACCUGUUUAGAAACAAUUAUUUUACUAAACAAAGAAAUAGAACUUUACAAACCAGAUUUAUUACAUACACCUUCCAUGCUUAUAAUAAAUAAGAUGGAUACAAAUAAUUCUGAACGAAUUUAUGCUGAUAUGAAAGAUAAAUUGGAAGAUUUACCAAACACUGUGGCAGAAUAUCCAGAAGAAAUAAGACCCGAUCACGUUAUAGAAUUUGAUGAUAUUGUGACUGCAUCGUUAGCUCUAAAAAAAGAAAAUGAAAUAGAAAUGAUUAAAGACAAAAUACGAAAUAUAUUAGAUAUUAAUGAAGAAAAGAAAUUAAUAUCAAGGACAGAAAUUAUAUCUGAUUCUGAAUUACAUGAGAAACUAAAGGAAGAAGUGAGACAAAGUGGUCCUACGCUAGUUUAAAUUUAUCUACAACAAAAUUUUAUAAAUUAAUAGAAAACAGUUUUAAAUCCGACUAAAGUAAUUUAUGUAUAUUAAAUGUAUAUACAAUACAUA